GGAACAAUCACAGGGCCGCACAGGCACCAAAAGCGAUGGAAAAUCUGUGCGAAGCCGUGUCAAGACAGAUGUUUCAAGCCACGUAUCAAUUGAAAGGGUCAAAGAAGACCAGAGAAAGGCAGAGUUACUCGCCAGGCAAAAAGCCUUUAAACAGAAUAGGACUAUAGCAGAAGAAAAACUGCGCCUGAAACUGAAAGAAGAAGAACUUGAAAUACAAACCGAGAUUAAUGUUAGUGACGCUAAAUCACGAAUUUUGGCUGACUUGGAAAAAAGUAUUCCAGAGGAUAGUGCCUUUGAAACAAAACCACAAAUUCCCCAUGUAAGCACAAUAAAAAUUGACAAAACUCAAGAAUCAUUUGGAAUAAGUGUGGCGCGUGAACUUAGUAAGCCACGUGCGGAAAUAAAUAAAUUCUCUGGCUCAGCAUCUGAGUACACAAGAUUUAAAAGACAAUUUCAAUCAAGAGUCAGCAACAACACAGAUUCCUACGACGAGAGGCUCAAUUAUCUGCUUCAAUUUACUACAAGAGGAGCACACAAAAUUGUAACAGGAUAUUCUAAUUUGAAAGCGGAAACUGGUUACAAGGCAGCCUUCCAAGAGUUCGAAGAGAGAUAUGGGGACGCUGACGUCAUCGCCCAGACGUACGUCAAAAAGGCGCUAGAUUGGCCCAUCAUCAAGGCAGACAAUCCAAAGGCACUUGAUGAAUUCGCCAUAUUUCUUCGAGAAUGCCAGUUCGCGGUUGAGGAUGUUGACGCAGGGAGAGUACUAGAAUACUCCGAUAAUUUAAGAGCAAUUGUACAAAAAUUGCCUUUCUAUCUACACGACAGAUGGCGAGACCUUGUGUAUGAACAAAAAGGAAAGGGUCAAACCAUAAAAUUUGAAAUGUAUAGUAACCUUUGUAAGAAAAGAAGCCAAAAAGGCAAAUGACCCCGUAUAUGGGAAAGAAAUGCUCAUGAGCAAUUCAACUAAAUCCGCAAACGUAAAAGACAAACAAGUGCCCAAGUCGCAUCGAACCAUGGCAACAAUAGUUAGUGACAAUAAGGGAAAUAGCUCUGCUACUAAUCCAUGCUUAUUUUGUGCAGGACAUCACAACCUGUUUGACUGUAAAAAUAUCACUUUGAAUCUUCUUAAAGACAGAUACACUUUUUUAAAAACAAAGGGUUUGUGCUUCAGCUGCCUUAAAAUGGGCCAUUUUAAACAUGAAUGUAAAGGGAUACUAACAUGUAACAUUUGCAAAAGGCUACAUCCCACAAUCUUUCACUUACAGCCACGUAUGGAAGUAGUAAACUCAAAUGAAGCCAAUGCAACAAUUUAAUGGCUGCAAAAACAGGUCAAAUAUAUGCAGCGCGUACGGGGGCUGGCACCGCAUUGCCAAUCGUGCCAGUAAGAGUAAAGGCUAAAAGCAGUGACAAGUUUGUAGAGACAUACGCUUUCUUGGAUUCGGGAAGCACUGCCACGUUUUGUUCAGACCAAGUGCUGCAUUUACUUGGAAUCGAGGGAAAGAAGACCAUUCUGAACCUAACUACUCUCGGAAACAAGCAGAAACAAACCACUAGAGAGGUAAAGGGCUUGGAGAUCAGCUCCCUGGAUGGAGAGCACACAAUAGAGCUCCCACCGGUAUUUACUCAGCCGUUUCUGUCAUUAUCAAGAGCAGAUGUCCCAAGUGAGGAAGAUGUCACCGGAUGGCCUCACCUGAGAGACCUAGAGCUCGAAAGGAUAGACAGUGAAGUGGACCUAUUAAUAGGGGUAAACGUACCCAAGGCAAUAAAACCAUGGGACGAAAAAUGGUGUCGUUGGCUUCAAGAAAUAAACGAGCUGCAUAACUUCGAGGUAGACAGAUGCUUCGUAACUUCAGGAUUUGGAAUAGUGUCCACAUCAGAGCUGCAUCAUUUCGCUGACUCUAGUGAAACAGGCAAGCACCACUUCUGGUUCACAAGUCGAGACAACAGUCCAUAUGUCAUCCAUCAGCUCCCAAUCUAGUUACAGAAAAUUAGAAAAAAAAUAUGCCGACCUGGAGAAGGAGACGCACAAACUGAAGAAAAGAGUUAAAGAUUUAGAGCAAAGAGCAAAUACUUCUUCCUGUGUGGAAUCCACUCCAGCAGACACAAUUGAAGACCCAGAUAAGCAGUUGAAAGCCUUACUUGCCUUAGUAGCCCAUUUGUCGGGCAACACGGAAAGGGACACUAAUAUUAUUAUAAGGAGAUUAUCAUUACAAGUAUUUUCAAAAGACGAACUAGUCACCUGCACAAGGACAGGGAAAAAAAACUGUAAAGGCGGGAGAAGCUCCAAAACCGGCACUAUAUUCCCAAAAAAUGGAAUUGUUAGAAAAAGCGGUCUUUACUAAAUGUCCACAAAUGAUGUUAGAUGCUUUCCGCAAAAAGUUUGACAAUGUGCUAAAAAUGGAUCGCAGAAUAAAAUAAGUGUUUUAUUCUGCGUUCCAUUUUGAGCACAAACUGUUUAGAUGGCAUUUAAUUGUUGCAUUUGCAGUGUUCCCAAGAAAAUAACAUUUCUUGUUUGUUUUAAAAAAAGGGUCUUUAAAUCUGGUGUUUUAUUCUGCGUUCCAUUUUGAGCACAAAGAUGGCAUUUACUUGUUUUACCCCCACAAACCAAGUUUAGGGGGGUAUAUAGGAGUGAACUUGUCUGUCGGUCGGUCUGUCUGUAUUAUGUGUCCGCUCUCUAAUAAUUCAAGUUGUUUUCAUCCGAUCUUCACCAAACUUGGUAAGAAGUUGUAUCUGGAAGAUGUCUAGGUCAAGUUCGAAUAUGGGUCAUGCCGGGUCAAAAACUAGGUCACGGGGUCACUUAGUGCGAUUUAAACAUUCAGCAUGUUUUCCGCUCUCUAAUUCGAGUAGUUUUCAUCAGAGCUUCACCAAACUUGGUCAGAAGUUGUAUUUAUAUGAUGUUUAGGAAAAGUUCAAACAUGGGUCAUGGCAGGUCAAAAACUAGGUCACGGGGUCACUUAGUGCGUUUUAAACAUUGAGCAGGUGUGCGCUGUUUUUUUGUGAAGAUAACAUGCAAAAUAUUCUGUGUCAAUGGGGUGGUGGGGGUAU